AUGAAGGGUCUGUGUCUGCUGCUGCUCAGCCUGGUGGCACUCUCUGAGUGCUUCUACAAGGUCCCCCUCCUCAAAAAGAAGUCCUUGAGGCAGCAUCUGAUUGAAAAUGGCCUGCUGGAGGAUUUCCUGAAGAAGAACACCAUCAACCCGGGCAGCAAGUACUACACCCAGGAGGCGGCCACCAUGCUGUCCUCCCAGCCCCUGGUCAACUACAUGGAUAUGGAGUACUUCGGCACCAUCGCCAUCGGAACACCCCCCCAGGAGUUCACUGUCAUCUUUGACACCGGCUCCUCCAACCUGUGGGUGCCCUCCAUCUACUGCUCCAGCCCCGCCUGCUCCAAUCACAACCGCUUCAACCCCGAGAAGUCCUCCACCUACCAGGCCACCAGCCAGACCGUCUCCAUCGCCUACGGCACAGGGAGCAUGACCGGCAUCCUUGGCUAUGAUACCGUGCAGGUUGCCGGCAUCGCCGACACCAACCAGAUCUUCGGUCUGAGCCAGACGGAGCCCGGCUCCUUCCUCUACUACUCUCCUUUCGACGGCAUCCUGGGUCUGGCCUACCCCAACAUUGCUUCCUCCGGGGCCACGCCCGUCUUUGACAACAUGUGGAGCCAGGGCCUGGUCUCCCAGGACCUCUUUUCCGUCUACCUGAGCUCCAAUGGCCAGAGCGGCAGCGUGGUGAUAUUCGGUGGUAUCGAUUCUUCUUACUACACCGGAAACCUGAACUGGGUGCCCCUUUCCUCUGAGGGCUACUGGCAGAUCACCGUGGACAGCAUCACCAUGAAUGGACAGUCCAUCGCUUGCAACGGGGGCUGCCAGGCCAUUGUCGACACCGGCACCUCUCUGCUGUCUGGCCCAUCUAAUGCCAUCGCCAACAUCCAGAGCUACAUCGGAGCCAGCCAAAACUCUAAUGGCCAGAUGGUGGUCAGCUGCUCCGCCAUCAACAACCUUCCCAACAUUGUCUUCACCAUCAACGGUGUCCAGUAUCCUCUGUCCCCCAGUGCCUACAUCCUGCAGAACCAGCAGGGCUGCGUCAGCGGCUUCCAGGGCAUGAACAUCCCCACGGCCUCCGGAGAGCUCUGGAUCCUGGGCGACGUCUUCAUCCGCCAGUACUUCACCGUCUUCGACAGGGCCAACAACCAGGUGGGCCUGGCCCCCGUGGCCUGA